GUCGCAGCUGAAAAAGCAAGUUCAACUGCUUGAGAAAUAUCUUCAUACCAUACCAGUCAAUGAGGAAAGACAAACAUCACAUUUUUCUUCAACCACAACCACUUGUAGGGCUUUUCAAUAUGAAACCCCUCCAACGGUUUCAUCUGGGAUUAAUCCCAUGAGACUUGAUGGCCAGUUUGACAUAAGCAAUGAGCCAGAGGGCUUUAAUAGAUGGAAUUCGUCAUCAGUUUCGUUCUCUUCUGCAGAUAAGAUUGGUUUUUCAUUGGCUCCUGUUGAGAGGGAACCAUAUGUGCCAAAGUAUGUUGAAGUGAAUUAUAUUGAAGGUUCGAAUGACCAAAAAUGGAGUAGUCGGGAUUUCCAUUGGACAAAGAAGCUGGAGAAUAAUAACAAGAAAGUGUUUGGAAAUCACUUCUUUCGCCCCAACCAAAGAGAGGUGAUUAAUGCAACUAUGAGUGGAUAUGACGUUUUUGUUUUAAUGCCGACUGGAGGAGGAAAAAGCUUGACAUAUCAGCUACCUGCUCUUAUAUGUCCAGGGAUAACUUUGGUAAUUUCGCCUCUCGUGUCACUUAUCCAGGAUCAAAUAAUGCAUCUAUUGCAGGUGAACAUACCUGCUACAUAUUUAAGUGCCAAUAUGGAGUGGAGUGAGCAACAGGAGAUUCUUAGAGAGCUUAGUUCGGAAUAUUGUAAAUACAAGCUCGUAUACGUCACACCAGAGAAGUUGCUAAGUGAGUCUUUGUUAUCUUGGUGA